AUGGACAAUCAUACGUCGCCUGAAAACCCGCUGGGCCCUCUCUUGGACGAUGACACCAUCACAAUCCCCGCCAAUCAGGAUACAUCGGCCUCACUUUACCCGUUCCUUGACAUCUCCGUCUUGUCGAGGAGGAGACGCACCGUCGCUCGCCCGAACCCGUCUGGCCUCGACGCGCGAGCAGCUCCCAGCAGAGCUUCUGGUCCGAAUUUCAAUCCAGAAGCCAUCGAGUUUGUGCCUACGGGAAGAAUGCCUCCUAAGCGAAAGGCAUCCACUUCGUCGCGCUCGGCUGUGAAGUUAUCUUCCCCUCGUAGCAGCUCCUCCACUUCUGAUUAUCCAGUCUUGUCGGCUGAAACCCUGUUUGGACGCGAUGUGCUGAGAGCGAACAGCGAAAACUUGGAAAACUUGUUGUCUGAGGACGACGAGGAGCAGUCAGAAAUUUUCGAGCUCGAAUUGCAAGAUGCGCGAGCCAACAACCAACAACCGGGUAACGGCAUACAGCACGAGCGUCUCCAAGAAACUUUGUAUCUAAUGCGUACGCAAGCCGAGAAGAUCAAGAAGUUCACAGAUGGGGUUCAAUAUCAGUCGGCAAUCCUCUUUACACAGGACAAUUCCGGCCUUCGCGAAUCUUCGCCGCCUCUUUCUGACGCCUCUCGCGCUAUACGAUAUCUUCCAUUAUGCCCCGUGACCGCGAGUUACAUGCGCGAUGGUAUCACGAAAGACACCGAGCUCACAGUGCUCCCGAGUCACCGUGAGCGCAUCGCAAACUCUGCACAGAUUACACAUGCAAGUCGAGCUACAUGGCCAAGCGAAGGGUACGCAUCAAACCCAUUACCACUGGAGAUCUUCGACAUCAUCACAGACUUUCUUUCGCGAGACGAUAUCAAAUCUAUGCGCCUCGUCAACAGGGAGUUUGAGACCAAGGUUUCUGCUACUCUGUUCUGGUCGUCAGUGGUACCGUUCAACACCGAACUUUAUGAUAUGGUCGAUGAAUAUCGACCUCUGCAGGCAGCACGGCUGAGUGAGAAGGGUAAAGGGAAAGCAAGAGCACCUGACCUCCCCUCACCUGCAGCCACCGGCUUGAAUUGGCACAACGCUAAGGAAGACGCUCAAGGCAAAAUGUAUAAGGGACAUGGUCUACGCGUCUUUCAGGGCUUCGGGCCACAUAUCAAGCGAUUUGGCAUGAGUUUCGAGGUUGCAGAGGCUCAACUCGCUCGGCCACCCAUCAAGAAAGAGCUUGAUUUUUUCCACUCUUAUCAUGGUCCCUACGCCUGGCCGCCUCAACAGUACACUCGCUUCGCGAAUCUCGCCGGCCUCGAGCGAACAGCGGAUGAGACGCUCCGCAUGAAGGCAGCUUUCGCAAAUCUUCACAAGGUGCAGGAUCUGGCACUUUCACUCGACAGUGGGCUUGGUUGGCUCAAUGGACCCGAUAAGUCAAUUCAUGCCAGAAUCUUCCAGCGACCGACUCCCGUGUUUGGCCAAUCGCGUUCUGUACCUGACCAGCAAAUGCAAGAAGCAAAAGCUUUCUGGAAUUCGAUUCAAUCGUGUCAUCGGAGCCUCGGCAUCAACUUCGAUCCCAAAGAAGUGUCUCUUGCCCGUCGCAUGCUCACCAAGCCUCCAGCAGAAUUGAGCGGACUGCAAGGUACUCGGUACGCUGAUCCGAAGCAUUGGCUGUCGAUCGUAGGGGAGAGGACUGCGCCUGCUAUAUUCGGGACUAAUUCAACCGAAAACUCCAGGUAUGGCGUGCUGUACACGACGUUCAAUCAGCCGAAAAACAGUGCAGAACUCUUCGACAAGUCUACUUUAAUGCCAGUCGACUUGCGCAAGGAACAGAAGGAGUGGUUGAUGGAGACUGAUUGGGCCCAACGAGCAUUCUUGGAGUGCUACAUGCUCGCUAUCACUGACAACCCGCUCACGUUCGCGAGGGUCAAGUCGCUCACCAUUGCAAAAGUCUCCAGCGGUUUGUUACCAAUACUCGCCCGAGAGUCAUUCUGGGACGCCCUUCCAGGACUGUCUGAUGUCACCAUUCACGUCAAGCCCGACUGGCGUGCCGUCGAGAAGGACAAUGCGGGAUUUGCAGAGGCUUGCUCGCGUAUGCCCUCUGACGCCGUCAACGUCUUUCACAAAAGCAUACUGCGAGAUCGCAUCUGCCUGAGAUCAUCAAUUACCAAAUUGAACAUCGGUUGGGUAGGAGGCGGAGAGCAUGCUGAAGGAAUUUUCGCCCGCAACAACCAUCUUCUUCCAGCACCCAUCAUGCCCCUUGAAUACAGCACUGCCAUCACCGCCAACUUUGGUCUUGUCUUCAAAUUUGUGAAACACCUCACCCUCACGAACUGCUGGAUGACGCCAUUAAUGCUUCAGGAGCUGGUGUCCAUUCAUGCUGAAAAGAAUCUCAAGACUCUGACACUCGACUCAGUGUCCUUGACGGCGCAUCCCAAAUUUCCGGCGGGAGCCCAGGCUGGCAUUAAUCAACAGAUUGCGCAAGCGAUUGUAGCAGCUCAGAACGGCCAGCAGCCAGCAUUACCGGGACUGAAUGCAGGGAAUCCGCCGCAAGGUCUGCUCGCUAACAUGCAGCAAUGGCUCAACAACCCUGGUCCUAAUUUUGGAGCUGGACAUUUGCAGCAAUUGUUACAUCAGCACGCGCAGCAGUGGGGCCUCCUGGCUCAAAUGCCAGCACCGGUCCAGCCUGUGCAGGCUUUGCAGCCUCAGCCAGCAGUACAGCAAAACAUCCAACAAGCAGUAGCCGCCAACAGCGCAGCUGCUGCUCACUGGACUGCUAAUCAUCGUGAGGGUUCUUGGCCAGAAUUGAUCAACAAGAUAUCUCCUGGUCGAGUCUUUAGCGAUUUCCUGCCGCAGCCUGCUCCGUGGGAGGAGCAAUUGCCUGAGCGCAGACGCACCAACUUGCGUACGAUCGAGUUCAAGUCUUGCGGCUACGCAAAGCUGAUCAACAAUAACAGCUUCGAUCAAUUCGCGAUCGAGGCUGGUCACGACCAUCAUUUCUCCACAUGGUUCCGAUCACGUCUGGCCGCUCUCACCCCCGCCAUGAUGAGCACCAAUGACCGCUACUUUGGGAGGAUCGUUCAGCGAAUCCCUGAAGCCGAGUCGAAUGCGCUUUUGCUCGCUUGGGGCUUCAAUGAGCAUUUGUGGAGUGACGGUGCUGAAGAACCAGAAUAUGAUGGUUUCUUGCCUGGUGGAACUGGUCGCUUCUCAGGCAGAAUUGAUGCUGACACCUCUAAUUCUGCAGCGGUGACCUCUGAGUGA